ACAAGAAGUGUUCAAGCAACCCAUGUCAUGCCAAUGCCAACUGUACUGACACUGCAGGUUCUUUUGUUUGUCAAUGCAAUGCUGGGUUUUCAGGAAAUGGAUCUAUAAAUUGUUCUAGUAAGUAAAUCUUUCAUUUAUAUAUGUCUAAAAUUUUGUAUCUUUCUGCUAAUUAUUGUUUUUUAUUUAUAUAAUCUUUCUAGACAUCAAUGAAUGUUUGACCAGCCCAUGUCAUCCCAAUGCCAGCUGUACUGACACUCAAGGUUCUUUUGACUGUCAAUGCAAUGUUGGGUUUUCUGGAAAUGGUUUGAAUUGUUAUAGUAAGUAAAUCUUUUAUUCAUGCUGUGUCUAUAAUUUUGUAACUUUCCGCUAAAUUAAUACAUUUCUUUUUUUAGACGUCAAUGAAUGUUUGACCAGCCCAUGUCAUCCCAAUGCCAGCUGUACUGAUACUGAAGGUUCUUUUGACUGUCAAUGCAAUGUUGGGUUUUCUGGAAAUGGAUUGAAUUGUUUUAGUAAGUAAAUCUUUUAUUCAUGCUGUGUCUAUAAUUUUGUAACUUUCCGCUAAAUUAAUACAUUUCUUUUUUUAGACGUCAAUGAAUGUUUGACCAGCCCAUGUCAUCCCAAUGCCAGCUGUACUGAUACUGAAGGUUCUUUUGACUGUCAAUGCAAUGUUGGGUUUUCUGGAAAUGGAUUGAAUUGUUUUAGUAAGUAAAUCUUUUAUUCAUGCUGUGUCUAUAAUUUUGUAACUUUCCGCUAAAUUAAUACAUUUCUUUUUUUAGACGUCAAUGAAUGUUUGACCAGCCCAUGUCAUCCCAAUGCCAGCUGUACUGAUACUGAAGGUUCUUUUGACUGUCAAUGCAAUGUUGGGUUUUCUGGAAAUGGAUUGAAUUGUUUUAGUAAGUAAAUCUUUUAUUCAUGCUGUGUCUAUAAUUUUGUAACUUUCCGCUAAAUUAAUACAUUUCUUUUUUUAGACGUCAAUGAAUGUUUGACCAGCCCAUGUCAUCCCAAUGCCAGCUGUACUGAUACUGAAGGUUCUUUUGACUGUCAAUGCAAU